CCAUUUCAACACACUCACUCCAAGCCAUACUUAUUUUUAUUAUUUUUCUUUCUCCAAAUUCGAAAAUAGUAAUAACACCAUAACAUGGCAGUCACUCUCUCCGUCCGGCCCGACCGUCUUUCCGCCGGUUCAGCUUUUCCCGGACCGCCGGUCCGGCCUCCGCUGCGGAAGCCAAUCGUCAGCGAACCGUGGCGCGCGGCGCUGGUGCGGAUACACUGCCGCCGCAGGGCGGUGGCGCCGGUGAAGGCCGGGUCGCGCGCCGAUGACUCGGCGCCUUUCGAGAUGUCGGUGGAGAACGCGCUGAAGCUGUUGGGCGUGUCGGAGGGCGCUUCCUUCGACGACAUACUCCGCGCCAAAAACGCAAUCCUCGCCAAUUGCAAAGAUGACAAAGAUGCCAUUGCGCAGGUUGAGGCUGCAUAUGAUAUGUUGCUUAUGCAGAGCCUAACUCAGCGGCGGGCAGGGAAAGUUGCAAGCAGUAGUGUUCGUUAUGCUGAUGUCAAACGUGUUAAGUCUCCAGCUGCAGGAUCAAUGCCUCAAUGGUUGAAGAAUUCUCCUGUAUCAAUAGAAACACCUUCCACCAGUGAUUUUGGUUUACAAGCUGGAGUGUAUGGUGCAUUGAUGGGGUUAACCUAUCUUAAUGGGGCAUCUGCACCUGCCGCAGCUUAUGCUGGGGCUGAUGUUCCCGGACUCCUCUUGGCUGGUAGCUUUGGAGCUUCCCUUUACUUCAUGACCAAAAAGAAUGUUAAGUUAGGAAAGGCCACUGUCAUAAGCAUAGGAGGAAUCGUAGCUGGUGCUGUUGUAGGGUCAGCUGUAGAGAACUGGUUGCAGGUAGACAUUGUCCCAUUCCUGGGCAUACACUCCCCUGCUGCUGUUGUUAGUGAAAUCAUUAUUAUAUCUCAAUUCUUGGUUUCUCUGUACCUAAGGUAAACAGGAAUACAUGGUGAUCUUACAUUAAAUUGUGAAACUUGUAAUUAUUCAUUUGCAUGCAGCAUGAUCAUACCUAAGGUAGACAGGGAAGGCUACUGUUAUAACCAUAGGACUCAUAGCUGGUCCCCUGUGGUUGUGUCAGCUGGAAGAACUGGUUGUACGUAGAUGUUAUACCAUUUCUUUUCUGGGCAUACACCUCCCUGCUGUUGUUAGUGAAAUCAUAAUUCUCUCUCAUUUCUCGGUUUUCUCUGUACCUAAGGUAUAGACAGGAAAACAUGGCAAUCUUAUAUUAAAUGUGAAGCUUGUAACUAUUCAUUUG